GAGAAGGAACUAACCAUCUGUUUGUCUGUAUGAAGUAGGUUGGUUUUAUUCUUGAUUUUUUUUUUUCCUUUGGUUGAAAGCAAGCUUUUCGUUUUGACAAUACACUAAUCGAAUAAUAUGCUUAAAUAAUUCAAUGAACGUCUUGGCACAGAUCGCAAGGAAAAUGAGUCUCCCGGAGCCAAUAAGAUGUGACCGGAUACGAUAUAUCCUCUUAGACAACAACAUGUUUCCAUUCACUUCCACAUGACGCCAUUUACUGCAUGAACCCCAGCUCCCCCGGAAAGAAGGAAAAUAAGAACAGAAACUCUGGGAAGCGUUGAGUUUGUGAAGCAACAGAACAUACGUUAACUUCAGCAGCGUUUUCUGAAAAGUAUCCAACUGACACAAGUAUGAUUAUACAGUCUUCAAACUGUUAGCAAUACCGAGGGGAUUUUUUUAUGGAGAUUUAGAAUUUGGGUUAAUCACUUGCAGUUUGAUCUCACUUUAUUGCAUAAAGUAGCCAAGCAGCUAGUUGAUUCGGCAAGGAAUGUAGGAAAGCAUACUUAUGCGGUUUUUUUUUCUAUCGUGCUAAAAAAGUUGAAUUUGUUUAACUGGAGCCAAUUAUUCACCAUUAUCCGGUAUUGUGGAGGAGUAUGCUACUAAAGGUUUUCAUGAAUAAAGUUUCCAAACAGGAUUUCCUACUGACGAAAAGCAACAACGAGGGUGGCAGUGGUGCGAACCAGGACUUCAGAUGAGUUCAGUAUCUGGAGGAGGGGUCCAUCUUCAGCGUAAAGAUGGAGGCGGGAACUGGGAGCAGCAGUGGGUCGGCUGUGCCUGACAGUAGGGGGCAGUGUACUGGGGAACCGGGGUGCCAGCAGGUGCUUGUGCUGUCCCUGGACCAGAUCCACACAGUGGGGAGCACUAAUGAGUACACGGAGGGGCCUACGGUGGCGGCAGUCCGACCUGGGAGCCAACCGGCUGUUCUACAGCCACCACCACCUCAGCAGAAAUGUGAGCCAGUGGGGGGUUUGGCAGCAGAGCUGCACCAGCAGAGGUCUGCCACUAGGGGACAGCACCAACAUCAGUCCUCCCCUUCGGCCGUUCCCGCCCAGUCGCCCGUCGGCGCGUCCCACGGCGGCGACUUCGUCGAGGGGGGAGCCCCGGGCGACCCCGCCCCCGGCCGGGUCGCUACGGCAACCCCUAAAGCGUCGAAGCCAAAGCAGGGGGAGCCGAAGCUCUUCGAGGAGGAAGAGGAGGGCAAGGCGGGGCGCGGCGGCCACGCCCGGCUGUGCGAGGACUGCGGGCUGUGCACGUGCGAGGAGUGCGCCUUCCCGCGGGCGCUGCCCUCCUGCUGGGCCUGCCAGCACCGCUGCGUCUGCUCGGCCCAGAGCCUCCUGGAGUACGCCACCUGCGUGUGCUGCGUGAAGGGCCUGUUCUACCACUGCUCCAGCGACGACGAGGACGUGUGCGCCGACCGGCCCUUCUCCUGUGGGCCGUCCCGCCGGGGCCUGCGCUGGGCCGCCGUGGCCGCCGCCGCGCUCUUCCUGCCCUGCCUGCUCUGCUACCCGCCCGCCAAGGGCUGCCUGCGCGUGGCGCAGGGCUGCUACCGCCGCCUCAGAGGCCCGGGGGGGUGCCGCUGCGGACGGCCCAACGGCCGGAGCAAACACGCCCCCGGGCAGCCCGCGCGGAAUAAGUAGAGUCCGCGGCGGUGCGUAGUCGUCGUCGACGGAAAUGAGAAGUUUAGGUGCUCCCACGGUGAAUCCACACGUAGCGCGUUUUGCAGUCCACAGUUUUGCUGGAUUCCGUGUAAAUUCUUUUUAACAAUCCAAAGUGGAUUAUUUGUGUUCCGUCGCGCAGCUAUCUGAAGGAAUAGUUCUGCUAACCCAGUAGCCUCUUCGAUGGGAAGUGUUUCUCAGCAACCACGUGUGCAGCUGUGUCAUUGGAAGGCAUGGGGAAGGCCGUCCUGUGAGUCGAGGAAAUGUGCUGUCCUGGUGGAAGAGGAGGAAAGGUAUCUUUUCCCUGGGAAAACUUGCACUUACAAUGCACAGGACUCUACAGUACAAAACUCUACAUGUUCUUGAAGUACAUACGACCUUCCAAUCUUGCAUCAUUGGGUUGGGAUUUUGGGGAAAAAAAGGCAUGUUUUGUGCCUUUUUUUUAGCUGCAGUGUUUAAUAUAAGGGACCUUUUUUGAAGACGCAAUUUUGUUCAUUUUUAAACUGAAGUCAGUAAUGUAACUCAUGAUAACGUGUAAUAUGUCAGAUAAGCUUACAGAUAUACAUUUACAUGACCAAUUUUCUGUGAAAUGGAUUUUGAAGAUACACAAAUUGGUGUCUGGCAGUUUUCUACCAGAUUAGAUUUUGUUUUAUAUAUCAAUUGCAAAAGUGUCAUUUUGCUGUACAUUCAGUUGAAUGUAUAUCCAGAGUUGCAGGUUUUGUAUUACAAGUCAAAUGCUGCAUCAUGCAUACAUGAUUACCCCCCCCACUUCAUUACAAAUGUAAAUUUUACAUUGGCCUUUAAUCUUUUUCUAAUGUUUCAACAUAUGGUUUAGUGUAAAGAAUAUUUAUUUUCAAGUAUAUUUUAUUAAAAAAUAUAUUUAUUUUUUGAGGCAUUUUAAUACCAUUACCCUGUUUUAAAGUAUAACUUGUAUACUUUGAGUUGUGCAGGGAUUGCAUGUAUUCAGUAAAAAGAUAGAAAAUAUAUUAACAGUUGACAUUAAAAUGGAUUGUGGGUGUCAGUUUUUGAGUGACGCGCUUUAAAGCCAUGGUUAUAACUUGUGAUUCUGACGCGAUACAGUGGUGCAGGCAAUCUUUCUCUUGGAAUUUGGGACAUGCGUUCUUUGAAAGUAUGCGUAAUACAUGGCAUAUAUCAAUGUCAGGCAUAAGCAUGUAAUGAAAACAUGGAACUUUUUACAUUUAUAAAUGUCCUUAAAUGAUGAUAAUUUACUUGAGCGAGAAGUGGGGUUAAUGUUUGUUUAUUUUAACAUGGGUGCACAUCGGUUGGCAUUGAUGAACGAGUGCGGUCCACUCGCGGGUGGCUCACUUGCAAACAAAAGGCUAACCAGAAGUACAAGCGAAUAAAGUGAACAAAUCUCAAGUCACUCAAAACAACUCUCAUGAACUGGUCUAACAGCCCUUAGACACAGAGAUCUAUUUAUGGUCAC